AUGCAGCUCCAAAAGCCAGUUGCUCUGUGGUUUAGCCUACUCGCACCACUGUGGCUUGCUGCGGUGCAAGCGCAACAGUUUCUGCAGGAGCCACGUGUGUAUUUGCUUAAUAACUUAUUUGCUUUUAAACUGAUUUAUUGUCUGCUUUUAGCUGCCUUUAUCAAGCCAUGCCUUUUAAAGGAUAGCCUCAGUAACGACUGUUUGACUGCCAACAUAGAGAGCCUUUUCCAAAACUGGCGUAAUGGCGUGCCGGGGCUGCGCGGCGUGGGCUCUUUGGAUCCAUUUCGGGUGGGCAGAGUGCGUAUUGCCCAGCGUGUGCCACCAAAUGUGGAUGUGAGCGUGGAGCUGCGCAAUAUGAGCACAAUUGGCCUAAGCCAAGCCAAGAUACUGAACAGCACCACACUGCUCAACUCUGGUCAGUAUACCCUGGGCUUUCAUGUGCACCUCACACAGAUCAACAUAACGAGCAACUACAAGCUGAAGGGGCAUGUGUUGCUGCUGAAUCUCAACAGCGCUGGCAUUUUGAGCGCCGAUUUGGAUUAUUUGGAGUUCUAUGUGGCGCUCAGAAUGCAGCCACAGCUGGCGGAGGGGCUGACCUUUAUGAAUGUCACCGCCAUCAAGACGGACAUUGUACGCAUUGACAAGAUUCGGGUGAAUCUAACGAAUCUGUUUGGUGGCAAUCAGGAACUGGAGCGCAGUGCCAACGAGCUCUUCAAUGAGAAUUGGCGCGUUUUGUUCGAUGUGCUGCGUCCGGUGCUGACACAAACUUUUGAUGCGGUCCUUCAGGAUCGUUUCACAAAAAUAUUUCGCUAUUUGCCAGCAAAGUAUUUGUUUGAGGAUUUUGCGUAACACUUAAGCCAAUUUGUAUGACACCUGAGAUAAGUCAUUAGCAUGUAGAAACACUUCAAUUAGACCAAAUUCACAAAACGAGACACACAUAUUAAGUAUACGCCACAUAAAGGAAUUCAAUUUAAACA